AUACAGAGAAAUGAUGCAUGCCUUGAAGAAUGUCAUGAUGGUUGUGGUAGAGUCUUUGAUUAACAAGUUUGAAGAAGACCGGAUGCGUCAUAAGGAGCUGGAUAGUAAAACAAAGAACGAAAGCCAGAGUGGCUGUUUUACAGACAACUGUUCUGACAGUGACUCCUCGUUCAACCAAAGUUACACAUUCAUGAGUCAAGAACAAUUGCACCUGCUUGUAGAAAGGCUUGACCCUAUUCAGCCUAAGGAAGUUCGCCAAGAAGCGUUGCAGACACUGUGUUUUGCCCCUCCCUCUGAUAUACUGAACUCAGAGAGUUGGCCAGAUCUGCGUAAACAUCUAACGGUGUCUCUGUCAGAUCCUGAUGCAACAUUCGGUGAGAAAAUUCUUAGAUUCUAUGCAAAAACCUUUACUUCUUCUCCAUUUAAUAUGACAAGAGAAGUCUAUACAAGUUUAGCCAGACACUUGGAGCUGUACUUUCUUUCUGGAGGAUAUUCUCUUCGUAUUUCAGCUGGUCUGGAUGUGUCUAACACAGACAUAAACCAUUUACUUAAAAAGGUCCGUCUUUUAAAUGAGUACCAAAAGGAAGCUCCCUCUUCCUGGAUUCGAUACCCAGAGAAGUACAUGGAAGAAGUAAUGGAGAGUACCUUGUCACUUUUGUCAGUAAAACACGAGCCUAAUCAUCCUACCUCUCCAGAUUUUUUGAGUCCAGUCUACUUCUUGGCUUUGCUAGAUAUCAAAGCAGUAUGGUUUAAAAAAUGGACGCAUGCGCUUUACAGCAGAACAGUGAUAUUUAGGCUUUUGGAAAAGAAAUACAAAUCUUUGAUUAAUGCAGCUGUCCAGCAAUGUCUUGAUUAUUUUGAAUUUUGCAAGGCAGCAGUUAAAAAAAAUUCCAGAGUCAAUGACCUCUCCCAGCAGCAUUGUAGUGAUAAGCAGAACUUUUCUUACACUGGACCAGAAUUGCAGUACGUCUGUUUUGUUCAUUCACUGUGCCUUUUAGGAAGAUUGUUUGUCUAUAAGCAAGGCCAAAAUCUCUUUCCAGUACAGCUGAAAAAUAAAAAAGAUAGUGUAUCUGUAACCGAUCUGUUGGUACUAUUUACUCAGCUUAUUUAUUACUCUCCAAGUUACCCAAAGACCGCUCUGGCAGUGCAUACAGACAAUUAUUCUCCAGCAAGUCUUGUUAUGGAGAUUCUGCAAGUUUUUUGUGAUCAAACAGGAUGCGCUGCUGAAUGUUUAUAUACGGAUGCAGUGACAGAUGCCCUACUUCAUCCUGUUCAAAGCUUACUGAGUGGCACAGAGCUGUAUAUAAAUUGUCUUGAAACUGCUUUAAUUGACGUAGCUGAUAUUUUGGCCAGGAUUGCUGCUGUAGAAGAUGGUCUUUCACUUCUUCUUUAUGGAGAAAAUGAAAAAACUGCCGAAAAAGAUAGUCCUACAGCUGCUCAUGUAAUUGUUCAGUUUACAAAGAAACUUCUUCAUGGCGACAUUUCUCUUUUAUCUGGAUCUGAGCUUUUGCCAGUUGUUACAGGAGCUUUCAUUUUUGUAUGUCGUCAGAUGUACAGAACUUGUGAAGGCCUGCAGGUGCUAAUUCCUUAUGGCUUGCAUGAAGCUAUUGGAGAGGCCUGGAAAAAGACAAGCUUGCUUUCAGAAAGAGUACCCACUCCUGUAACUGGUGCAGAUUCAACUUCAUCAAUAAGUCUAGAGUCAAAAAACGUUUUGUUAUGGGAACAGACUUUGUUAGAUGCCUUGCUAAAUUUUUCAGCCACACCCAAAGGACUAUUUCUGCUUCAUAGUACAGGUGCCAUGAAUGACUGUGUGAACUUUAUGUUCAGCAGUUUAUCAAAAAAACUCCAGACAAAUGAAUAUGAAGAAUUUGGUAAUAGAGUGAUUGUUACACAAAUGGCAACAACACCACCAGGUGCAGUAGCACUACAUAGUUCAGGUUUUAUAAAAGCGCUUGUAACUGAAUUAUGGGCUCUUUUGGAGUGUGGAAAAGAUGAUGUGAGGAUAACCAAACCCAAAUCUACUCCAGUUGACCCUAUUGACCAAAGCUGUCAGAAG